AUGUGGGGAGCCUCAAUCUUGCCGAUCGCUGCCUUGGCUGCGCUGCCAUGCGCCAAUGCCAUCACCCUGCACAAACGUGACGAACCUGCGGUCCUCGGACUCCCAAUUUCUCGCAGCGAACGCUCCCAAGCGCUACAGAAACGCAGUUCCAAAGUCGCCAGUACGGCCUUGUACAAUGUGCAAAACGUGUACUACAUGGUGAAUAUCACCGUUGGUACCCCGGCCCAAAAUGUAUCCCUCAGUCUCGACACCGGUAGCAGCGAUAUCUGGGUUAAUGUCCCAAAUUCUACCUACUGUGCCGGAGACGACGAUCCCUGCUCCUCAACCGGGUUAUUCGAUAUCAAAAACUCCUCAACUUUUGAUAUUUUGGAUUAUGACAUGAAUGCCACUUAUGUGGAUGCAUUUUUGGCUGCGGGGCCCUAUGCGACCGACACACUGGCGAUUGGGGGUGCUACGAUUAAAGAUAUGGAGUUCGCGGUGGCCGAGGAAAGUAGAAACCCUCAUGGUAUUCUUGGAAUUGGAUAUGCGGGGGCUACCUAUGCUGCAGCCAACCUUCAAAAGGAAUACAACAACCUCCCGGAGGCUUUGGUCAAAAGCGGUGCCAUCAAAUCAGCCGCCUAUAGUCUGUGGCUGAACAAAUUUGAUGGCACUGGAAAUCUUCUCUUCGGGGGUGUCAACAAAGCGAGGUAUCAAGGCGAGCUGCAGACUGUGCCUAUUGUACAGCUAUAUGGUCGUUACCUAUCUCUAGCCAUUGCCUUGACAGAUAUUUCUGUUAAAAGCUCAAAAGGUACCAAGAGUUAUGCGAAGGGUCUUCCUUUAGCUGUCACCCUGGACAAUGGAAGCCCUUUAAUUUCUCUCCCCAAAGAGCUGAUAGACCCCGUCUACAAAGAGGUCGGUGGCGGCUAUUCAUCGACCGAUGGCUAUGGUUAUAUCCCUUGCAGUAUGGCUAAGGCAGACUACAAUUUUACUUUCAGCUUUUCAGGUGCCACGGUUACGAUUCCAAUCAGUGAACUAGUUUUCGAGAACUACAGUGAGCCUGAUUUCGCCGACGGUGACUGCAUCUUUGGUCUUGGGUACAGCGAAUCUGGGGUGAAUCUUAUGGGUGACCCAUUCUUGCGUGGGGCCUACGUGGUCUACGACCUUGCAAACAAUGAGAUCUCACUUGCGAAUACAGAUUACAACGGGGGUGACGAUGAUAUUCACGAAAUCGGAACAGGGACAGCUGCGGUUCCCGGGGCGACGCUGAUGCCCUCUCCUGUCACAUCGGCGACGGGUAAUGGUCCCAAUGAGACCACCGCGUCUGGGGGUAAUUCGGGCUCUUUGGGUCCCGAGUCAGUUGUGACAACGGCCUAUGUCACUGCAACUGCCACUGGAACUGCCGAAAGUGGUGGUGCUACUAGCACCUCCUCCAAGGGGCUAGCAGCGUCGUCCACGGGAAAAUCAAACCAUUUUCUCUCCGGGGUUUUGGGCGCUGGCUUGCUACUUGCAUUAUAG